GGAUACUUAACCUUUGCGGCACGUGGGUGCCAUUCCUGGAACCGGCUGAGCAAGCAGGGAGUUCAAGGAGACUGGGACGCACUUUGCAAAGGAAUCGCUGGGGCGCAGCGAGUGCGUAAAAUCCAAGGAUCAAGAUGCCCCGGGGAAGCAGGAGUGUGGGGUCUCGGUCGGCUGCGGCCAGCAGCCCAGCACCAUCUCAUGCCCACCCCCCGGCUCACCCUCCUGCUUCGGCUGUGGCAGCCCCAGCUCAGCCCCAGCAGCCCGGCUUGAUGGCCCAGAUGGCCACCACUGUGGCUGGGGUAGCCGUUGGUUCCGCCGUCGGCCAUGUGAUUGGUGGUGCUCUGACUGGGGCGUUCAGUGGAGGUGGGAGCUCUGAACCGGCAAAGCCAGCCAGUACCGCUCAGGAGCCCAGGCAGCAGCCGGCCUAUCAGCAAUCCCAGUAUGGACCAUGCCAAUAUGAGAUGAAACAAUUCCUGGAUUGUUCUACCAACCAGAGUGACCUGACCUUGUGCGAGGGCUUUAAUGAGGCCCUGAAGCAGUGCAAGUAUAACAACGGGGUUGCUUCCCUCUUGUGAAGAGAAUUCCUACACUAAUGCAUUGAAAUGAGACUGUGGAGUAGAGCCACUGAAACCCAGUAGAGCCACUGAAACCCAAGAGGACUGGAAGAGCCAGUGAGCAGCAGACGACAAGGGCAGAGGAUCCAGCCAGAUCUUUAAACCUUCUUAGUGCAGUUCUGAGCUGUAAAUUAACAAGCCAAGAGAAUUCUGGUUGGAUUUUAAGACAUGGCUAGAGAACUGUGGAAUAAAAACGAUGGAUUAUUUUAAUGUA